GAAAGCUUGAAGUGAGCAAGUGAACUAUGUUGGAGGCCAAGGGCAAGCUAAUGACCCGUACUCUAAUACCUACAACCCCGGAUGGAGGAAUCAUCCUAACUUUGGAUGGAGAAACCAAGAAGGUCAAGGCAAUGCUCAAGCCUCCAACCAAGCGGGUCCUAGUUUUCAAGGAGGAAAUAGACCUCAAUAUCAACAACAACCACAAGGUCAAUACCACAACAACCAACACCAAGGGAACAAUUAUGGUGGUAGACCACAACACCCUCCCGGUUUCCAACAACCAAGGAACACGGAUGAGGGAAACAUGCUUGCCAAAUUGAUGGAGAAAUUUGAAAAGAUGGAGGUUGAAAAUAGGCAACUUCACAAUGAAAAUAGGCAAAGGGAGAAGAACCAAGCUUCCACCAUCCAUCACUUAGAGACCCAAAUCUCGCAAAUGGCACUUUCGCUUCAAGGUAGACCUCAAGGGGGAUUGCCCUCUACUACGGAAAACAAUCCUAGAGAGCAUGUGAAAGCCAUCAAAGUUGUGGAACUUCGAAGCGGUAGAGUCAUUGAUGUUGAUCAUGAUAAGGAUCUUGAAAAAGCUAAUGGCAAGAGGCCAAUGAUUGUGGAGGUUGAGCCUCAAGUGGUAAUAGAUGUUGCAAGCUCUAGUCAAGAGCUACCAAAGUCGUGUGAGGAGGUGGCUAUUGAUAUUGAUGUUGAAGAACCAUAUGUGAGGCCACCACCACCACCACCUUUUGUGCCUAAAGUACCAUUCCCAAGCCGGUUAAGAAAGGCUCCGGAUAAUGAAAAGUUUCAUAAGUUUCUUGAAAUAUUCAAGAAACUUCAAAUAAGCAUGAGCCUAGGGGAUGCCUUGCGAGAGAUGCCCCAAUACGCUAAGUUCUUGAAAGACAUAAUUAUGAACAAGCGAAGUUGGGAACAAGGCGGAACAAUUCCUCUAACGGAAAGUUGUAGUUCUAUUAUCCAAAGCAAUCUACCAACCAAGCUACAAGAUACAGGGAGUUUCACGAUUCCUUGCUUAAUUGGCACUUCUACUUCUCUUAAUUGUCUUUGCGAUUUAGGUGCAAGUAUAAAUCUAAUGCCGUUGUGUCUUUUUAGGGAAAUAUGUGGAAACCAACCGAUAAAACAAACUUCCAUGAUGCUCCAAUUGGCCGACCAUUCGCUCAAGAGACCGCACGGGGUUGCGGAAGACGUGCUAGUAAAAGUGGGCAAGUUCAUCUUUCCGGUGGACUUUGUUGUGCUUGAUUAUGCGGUCGACAAAGAUUGCCCCAUGAUUCUCGGGCGUCCUUUUUUGAAUACGGGGAGAGCAUUGGUUGAUGUUAAUGGGGGGAAGAUAACAUUAAGAAUGAAUGAUGAGAGCAUGGUGUUUGACAUCAAGCAUGGCAAAAGCAAGUGUGAGGAGGAGAAAUGCAUGAAGAUUGAUACUAUUGAGCCCACAUUGCAUGUGCCUAUGAAGGAGGUUCCUAUGAAAGAACCCGAGGUUGUGUGUGCAAAAAUCAAGACAACACCUCAUGUCAAGCCACGCAAGGGAAAACCAAGACGUUGGGCAUCAUGGAAGUUGAAGCUCAACGGGAUAGCAACCGCAAGCAAGAGACAAAUAUGCACGGAAGUUGCUACUCUUGGUGAGUACGUCCAAGUUCGAACCUCUCAAGCACAUUCACAAGCGGGGAAGUUGAUUUCUAAGUGGAGCGGGCCGUUUAAAACACGGCGCAAAUUGGAUAAUGAUUUGAUUGAGUUGGAGGGGGCCAAUGGAGAUGUUUUUAAGGUGCUUGGAGAAUGGUGCAAACCAUAUCCUAGAGUGUUGAUCGAUGAAAGUCGCGAGCAAGUCGCUCUUUUUGAUCCUCCAUGAUUUUGAGGAUCGAUAGUCGAGCUUUCGACUUAAAACAAGCGCACUUGGGAGGCAUUCCCAAGAGGUACUUGGGAGCAUUGCGGAAGCAUUUUGGUACAAAAGAUGGAAAAGUCGACGGAAAAGAGGCGAAAGCUCAUUUGCAAGUCUGAAAAUCCGACCCCGCUGCACUAAUUGGAAAAUUGGAACCAGCUAGAAGCCUCAAAUGAAUUUGUGGUCUUCAUGAAAGUUAAAGUAGACGUCCUAAGCUUUCCAACGGUUCAAGAAUCGACUCAAUCGGACAUUUCUACACCAAGUUAUGAAGUUACGAAGAUCGCGGUUCUGCAGAGCAAAGGGUGUCUCGAACCAAGACACCAAAGUGUGAUAUGUGUCUCGAUUCGAGACAAAUGUGCCUGGAGGCAGAUUAUAGUGUCUCGAACCGAUACACUCCUCCAUUCUAAGUGUCUUGGUUCGAGCUUAGGCUUGGAAAAAGGGGAAUUUCUGAUUUCAAACACAAAAAGGCUUGAUUCUCUUUGCUUCUUUGGGCCAAACACUCCUUGAGUGAAUGUUUUUUCUUUCCUCUUUUGUAAACAUAUAAAAACCCUUUUAUCUCUGUUUUAGGUUAUGUCAUGAUUUUGUAGAGAAUUGUUAGACAUCUCAUUAUUGUAGCAACACUUUCUCUCUAGCUUUAAAUCAUUGUUCUUAUUGUUCUUACUAAAAGUAGUAAAGGAUCUUCAUAGUUCUUGGUGUUCUUCAAACUAAUUUCCAGAUUUUGCUAUAUUGGAAAACUUAUUAAAUACAAGUAUUAGUCUUGUAAUUGAAGCUUCAUUAUCUUGUUCAUGUGUUUAAGGUUCAUUUAUUACUCCAAGGUACUUAAUCUUUACUCUAUGCCUAAUCUUCAUUAUUGCUUAAUUAGUUUUGCCAUGAUGAUGAUUAGUAGCUAAACCCCUUGUUUGGGGGUUGUUAUGAUUGCCAUGUUUGAUUAAAUAGGUGAUUAGGGUUAGGUUUUAUGGGUGAUGUUGGUUGUUGUGCUUCUUGAGCUUAAUGCUUAGAAUAGGUUGGCCUCUUAUUCUUUGCUAUGUGGUUUAAUUAGGAGGACGAGAGUUAACUAAUUAGACUAUACCUAGGGGAGUACAUGCUUUAGACCUAGAUGCAUUAGCAUGAUCUAGGGCUAUCUUGGUUGUGGAGUUUGCUUGAUUAGUUGGCUCGAUUAACUCUAUCGAAAUCUAUGAGCACGAGAGUGGAUUAGAUUUCGGAAUUGUUAAUCAAGUUUUGACUCUUUCACUUCCGGCUCGAGAGAGCGGAAUUGGUUCCGUAGAAUAGCUUGACCCGACCUAAGUUCCCAUCACCUUGACCCAAACUACCUAGAUAUGACUUUGGCAUGACUAGCAACCUCCAAGCGUUUUUACCCUUAGUUGAAUCCUUAUUGUUCAAUCUUGUUUAAUUUAGUUUAAUUGCAAGUUUAGUAGUUGUUUACCUUUAGACUUUUGAUACUUUGAAAACCAUAUUCAUGUUUGCUAAACGAAUUGAAUAGCAACUAAAAUCACUCUCAUCAAUCAUCACUCUUGAAUUCACUCCUUGUGGGUACGAUAACUCGGACUUAGGUCCACUCUAUUACAAGUUGGGUUUAUUCUCAACAGUAACCACUCUUUUUUCUUUCUCCUCUCUCUUCUCUCUUCUUUUCUUCUUCUUUUUCAUUUGAUUUUCAGUUUGUCUCAUU